CGGACCUUGAAUGUGGGAUUCUUGCCGAAAGUCUCUCAUUUUUCUUUCUCAUAACCUUUUAUCUUCCUUUUUUCUAUCCCGACAAUAGACUAUACAAACCCACUAUGUCUAUGGCAAGCCUUUUCGGUCUUUCUACCCCGGUAGAAAUAGAUGUUCAGUUCACCAACGAAGACUCCAGAAAGCAUGUUGAAGUCAAGCUCGAUAAAGAUGCACGUGAGAACUACCCUGUGUAUCUAGACGGUGAGACUGUGAACGGCAAGAUAAACAUUCGAUUGAAGGAUGGCAAAAAGUUGGAACACAACGGUAUCAAAGUGGAGUUCGUCGGCAGCAUAGAACUCUUUUACGAUCGUGGUAAAUCGCACGAAUUUUUGGCACUAUCGCAGGAAUUGGCGGCACCGGGCGAUCUCCGUCAGAACACGUCGUUUGACUUUGAAUUCAAGAAUGUCGAAAAGCAAUAUGAAUGUUACAAUGGCAUCAAUGUCAAGCUUCGAUAUUUUGUACGGGUCACCAUUGCUCGUCGUUUAAACGAUGUCGUGCGUGAACGCGAUAUCUGGGUUUAUUCUUACCGAAUGCCGACCGAAGUCAACAACUCCAUCAAGAUGGAAGUCGGUAUUGAGGAUUGUCUGCAUAUCGAAUUCGAAUACAACAAGUCAAAAUAUCAUCUGAAGGAUGUCAUUGUUGGCAAAAUCUACUUUUUGCUCGUUCGUAUAAAGAUUAAAACCAUGGAACUCUCAAUCAUUCGUCGUGAAACCACUGGCGCAUUACCGAAUCUGUAUAAUGAAAGCGAAACUAUCACUAAAUUCGAAAUUAUGGAUGGCGCUCCAGUAAGAGGUGAAACGAUUCCCAUCCGUCUGUUCUUGGGAGGUUUUGAGUUGGCACCAACAUUCAGAGAUGUCAACAAGAAAUUCUCCACCAGAUACUAUCUGAAUUUGGUGCUGAUUGAUGAAGAGAAUCGCCGUUACUUCAAACAGCAAGAAAUUACCAUGUAUAGACGUAAAAUUGAUGAUGGUUAUCCAGCCGACGAAGAGUAGAUGCAAGUCAUAUAAUUUGUGCCCCAUGUUCUUUUAAUGUUUGUAUCAGUAUUAUUCCCUUUCUGUCCUUUUUGUCUCGGGUUUCAAUGUGUGCGCAUCAAGUACUUGCAGAUGUUGGAAGUGAUACAAUGUAGGGCAGAGAAAUGGUCCAAUUUGCCUACCGCUGUGAGGCGGAUUUAUUUCAAUGAGAAAAACGACAUGGCAUGAAAGUAUAACUCCCUUGGAUUCCAGGGAUGUGAAGAGUGGGGAAACAUGGUGGCUAUGAUACUUGAUAAAAAUAGCUGGCUGAUGGAAAAUCCGUUCCUUAAGUUUGAACUAUUUGGUGUCAUUAAGAACAAAGGUUAUAGAUGUCGACUCAAGCAUCUUGAUCUUCAAAUGUCUUGGCUGAUAAUGU